GUUCCACCUUGGAGCCCAACCGUGUGACCUGACCAGGCCAGUUCGGAACAAACUGCUCUGUGUUCACUGUUUGCACAACAAGGAGAGUGCUGGAGGGGAUGAGUGGAAUCCUCCACUUCCCAGACUGCACAGGAACGACGGACUCGGCACGACGCACCAUGGCCAGCCAGUGUCAGGGGAUCCAACCGCUCCUUCAAGCAGACAGAAGGGCCAAGGACAAGCUAGAGGACGCCAAGAAGAGAAAAGUGAAAAGAUUGAAGCAAGCUAAGGAAGAGGCAAUGGCAGAAACUGACCAGUAUAAAAUGCAGAGAGAUGAGCAAUUUCGAUUGAAACAGUCUAAGAUAAUGGGCUCUCAGGGUGACCUUGCCAGUGAAAUAGAAGAGCAAACACAAGGGAAUAUACAGGAACUGAACAGAAGCUACAACCAGUGUAUGGAAAGUGUGAUGAAGCAGCUUCUCAGCGCGGUGUGCGACAUGAAACCAGAAGUCCAUGUGAACUACAGACUCAAAGCCACCAGCUAAAGUCACACUACAGUGUGUGAUCCAUGGUGUAUGGGUACUUUCUGCUUAUCAGAGCUCCAUUCCUGUGUUAGAAACAACUGGAGAUAUAAUCUGGGAUUACCCAGAUAGCUGCAAACUUCCUUGUGACAUAAUUCACACCAGGGAACUGAGAUAAUACAUGAAUAAAAUGAUGGAAUCUUUCAUGGUAAUAGUUAUGACCUUGUCAUUUAAUCUGAAGCAAGUCAAGAAUACAUCAUAGCAUUUUAUCAUACAUUUAAAAACCAUGCAGGACAGCCAGUUAAAGACGCUUUCUUUUUCAAUUUCUUUUUAUCUGUUUAGACUAUGUGCUCGUAAGUGUGGUUGGUAAACUACAAUUCUGAAGGACUUAAGUAUGUUCCCUAUAUACAUGUCAACUAAACAGGUCAAUGAUUUUAUUUAAUUCAUAAAUCAAUGACGACACCAUAAGAUAUCACUGCUGUUUAAAAAACAAAACAAAUUUAAAACUGCAUAAAGAGGAGAGAGAAGAGACAGGGAAAAAGUGAGGGAAAGACAGGUAGUCAUGAUAGGUCAUAUAAUCCUCUUAAAGGAAAUGUAGCUCACAAUUAUUCCAUUUGCCUAACUCCAACCAACCGGAUUAUAUUCUCUUAAGAGUGCACUUUUCAAAGAAAGCAAUAAAAAAACCUGACAGCAUAAUACUUCACUAAGUUUUAUGUUGAUAAAGGAGUGAACUCCCAGGUACACCAAAUUAGUACAUCACUAGCUCAGUCUCUCUGGGUUAACUGAAGUACUAAGAGGCCAGGUGCAUGGACAGUUCAAAGUGCAGUGAGCUAUGCAUCAGCUGGUUCCAUCCAGUGGUGGAGGAAGUAUUUGUGUUUUCACCACAAACAAAAACCAGUCUAAGGACCUUACCUUGCUUUGCUCAGGGAAGAAUGACAGCGUGGGGCUUCAACCUGGAGAUGCGACAUCAAUGUCAGCUCCAUGGUCUUCUCUUUCACCU